UUUGUAAUGCUCCCUCCCUGUUGAAGACAGACUUUGGGGCUUGUAUGAGUUCAGCAUUAAAAGUGUUUGUAUUUCAGUUUCUCUUUUAAGAGUACAUCUGACAACGAGGCUGUAUGUUCUUUGCUUUAUUCCCACAGUUGAUAAGCUUAAUUGCGUCUUUGUUGGCGAAGCCAUGUCAGACAGAAGGCCCAGGGGAGAGGACUGUGUGGAUGCCAGACCAAAGAAUGACCAAGAGAGCACAAAUAAUGAAGCAGAUCAAGCAGAUGCCAAAACGCUUUCAGACUCCUAUCAAUACGAUAUGAAGUUCCCCAGCCUGGGACAAUGUGUCAUCAUCAACAAUAAGAAUUUCCAUAGAAGGACAGGAUUGGGAGUUCGUAACGGGACAGAUGUGGAUGCAAAGAAUGUGAUGGAGGUUUUCUCAAAGCUGGGUUUCAAAAUCAGAUUUAACAAUGACCAAACUGUCUCACAAAUGAGAGAUUUGUUAACUAAAGUGUCUCAGGAGGAUCACAGUCAUUCAGCCAUGUUUGUGUGUGUGUUGUUGAGUCAUGGAGAGGAUAGUAAGAUAUAUGGUACAGAUGGUCAUAUUGAUCUUAAAGAACUCAUUGAAGUCUUUAGAGGGGACCGCUGCUCUACACUGGUGGGGAAACCCAAGCUUUUCUUCAUACAGGCUUGUCGAGGCUCAGAUCUGGAUGCUGGCAUUGAGUCUGACAGUGGAAGUGACUCGGAGAGAACACAAAGAAUUCCUGUCCAGGCAGAUUUCUUGUAUGCAUACUCCACUGCCCCAGGUUAUUGCUCCUGGUUCAUCUCCUCUCUGUGUGAUGUGCUGUCAAAAUACGGAAGGCAACUGGAGAUCAUGCAGAUCAUGACGCGUGUCAACCACAAGGUGGCGCUGGAUUUCGAAUCCUCCUCCAAUCUGCCCGGAUUCAGCGGCAAGAAACAGAUACCAUGCAUUGUUUCUAUGUUGACCAAAGAACUCUAUUUCCCUAAAUGAUUAAUGUCUGUUUUAAGGAUUAAGUAGAAAUGGAUUAAGAACACUUUUUGAAUUAUUAUAAAAUCAUGUUAUGUAGCAAAAAGAGUAUAGCCAAAACUAAAGUAUGAAAAGCUGUCUGGUAGAAAUGAUUCAAAGGGACACGCUGGAUUUUCAUGUACUAUUAUAUGAUCUUGUGUAUUUGUAUCUGUAGUCUUUUAAAAAAUUCAUUUCUUAUGGUGUGAGUGAUAUGUUUACAAUGCUGGACUUGACAGAUUAUAUUUUACAUGUAUAUUCACA